AUGCCCAAUGCGAGUAAUAUAAUUGAUCAAUAUUCGAUCGCCAUAUCACAAAAUGUUCACAAAUCCAAUGAUGCGAUCGACGUGAUAAUAAUAUUGUCCCACCCAGGUCAUAUUCACUUUCAAGGUUCUCACAAGGCUAAUCUCCGAUUUGCUGUUGACCGUGUGCCUCGGUUGCCUACAGGCCAACUACGUGUGGCUACAGGAGCACGGCGUUCACUGUCGGCAUUCAGUCUGAUAUCGCUUAUCAGCUUGGACGUCGGGCUAGACUUCGGGCCCAUACGCGGCGUCAUGAUUGGUGAGCCGUUCAGCCCAGAAUUUAAGGGGUUGGCAUCGUGUGCGUGGUCGCAUCUUUGA